AUGGCGCCUAUAUCUAGGAGGAAGAGCAGCAGUGAGACUCGGGUGAAUGCGCAUGAGAUGGAGAUAGCCAACGCUGGGAGGCUGAAUCCUGCGCAUUGUCAGGGGAACAGUCCUGUUGAGGCUCAAGCAGUGAACCCGUACAACCCAUCAAACAACAGCAAUGGUCAGGCGCAAAGCAAAGGCGUCGAUCGUCGUUCCUUCGCACCACUCCGCCCGAGCCCGCUUUCAACAUGCGAUCAAGCGCUUCGGAUCGCGCCAGGGCCUCUCGUCGAGGCGUGGCGCUGCGAAGGCCAAGGCCAAACGCGUGGCAUGCAAUCUCAGGCCUCGCAAGAAGGUCGUCACCAUAGCCCAUUAGGAUUCAUAUCGGCCUCGACUAGGCCACACACGCCGCCGCCAUUGGUUCCGCCCUUCGCAUUUGAGAUUCGACGGUCAAAUACCACCCCAGAGAAGCAGAAUGGGCCCAUGAUCUGCUCGUCUACUCGUCACUAUACGCCAAGAUACUGGCCCGCCGGGGUCGUCUAUGGGGGGCAAACACCUAUUUCCAAUCCGACUCCCUACGAUCUUGCUUACCAACGUGCACUGGAAGUAAUCUACCCGUCUACUAGUCACUAUACGCCAAGUUACUGGCCUGCCGGGGUUGCCUAUGGGGGGCAAACACCAAUUUUCGAUCCGACUCUCGGCCCUCCCUACAAUCUUGCUUACCAACACGCACAGAGUAGACAGGGUCCUAUCCAAGCCAUGCCGGUUGGGCAACCACUUGUUGAAGAACGCCCAACUCUGAGCCCCUCAAAUGUUCCAUACGCGCCGCGGCCCGUCCCCGUUCAGCAUCCUUCUUCUCCUGCCAAGCACUUCCCUCCUACGUCACUCAACGAAUUAUCCCCGUUGUCAUCUAGCGGGACUGACAUGUCUCACACAUCAGCCCAAAGCAACACUCAUUAUCCAGCCAGGGACUUUCCCAAGAAUGGCCCGUCUUCCUCCCAAGCAAGUCCAGGUGGCUCACAGUCGACGGCUGCCCAUCUUUACUACAGACCCUCACUACCUCCACCAAAGCCUCAGGGAGGAUACGUGCCUCUUCCUAAGCCAACACCCGCUAUCUGUUCUGGGUGGAAGAACAACGACCUGGAGCCGUUUCUCGCCAGCGUAGCGCGCACGCAGACGGAGAAUAGUCACCGUGGCCACCACAGCAACAAUCCUGCCAUCGCACCUCCUUCGUCUAUUCCAGACCGUUCAACCGCUCCAUCCGGCGGUAACCCCAAUAAAGUGGCAGAGGCUAAGCCGUGA